AAUAAACCACUAUACAGCCCGAGCUGUAAAGAAUCCCAUUGUGCACAGCCGUUGCAUGUUACAAGUUGCAUGUUGCAUGUUGUCUGCCAUGUGCACACACGCUUUCUGAGCAUGUUGUGAAAUGAGUGCAGCAGCUCCUCGUGGUUUCGUUACUGGAGACGCGGUGUCCUCAUUUGACUAAAAAUAACUUGGGAACUGUCAUUGGCCCGAAGUGAGGAGCGCACCAUGAAGACUGGGAAGCUCUGAAGCUCUGCUCCCUGCAAACAGGUGGAUUACUGCUCAUUUCUGAAGGUAUAUCUGAGGCCCCCGGCAUGCCAGCACCACCUCCUCCCCCUCCGCCUCCCCCGGCACCACCUCCACCCCCACCGCCACCUGCCAGCAGCGGCCCGCCACAGUGUCUGUCCGAGCCUCCUAAGCUCCCGUCUGGAGGAGGAGGAGGUGGAAGGAAUGCCCUGUUGGCCGACAUCCAGAAUGGAGCCAGGCUCAAGAAAGUCACACAGGUCAAUGACCGCAGUGCCCCUGUUGUCGAUAAUAAUAAAACCAGCAGUGGAGAUGCAUCCAGCAGUGUCGGUGCCCCACAGGGUUCAUCAGGAGGGAUGACACCCGUGGGACCCUCUUUGGGUGGGCUAUUUGCUGGAGGGUUCCCCUCCCUCAGGCCUAUAGGACAGAGAGACUUGACAGUCAAGACCUCAGUGUCUCGAUCGAGCUCGUUAGCGUCCCUGAAGCCGCUGUGGAACGCACCCACGUCCGCAGACCCUGAGCCCCACAUGACGGCAGAGCCCCGCAUCUCCACCCACCGCGCACCCGCCCCCUCAUCCUCCGCUCCUCCCUCUCCCUCUCACGGCAGCAAGCACCCACCUCUUUUCCUGCUUCCUCCCCCCCUCUGAUUCCCCGGCCCCUCCCUCUGCUCCUCCCCACCGCCGCCACCUCAAGCCUUCCAGGACCGUCCAGCCAGCAGGCCACCGCCGCUCCCCUCCUGUCCUCCCCCUCCACCGCCAUCCCAGGUCACCAAGCCCACCUGGCUUCCGAUCCAGCACUCCCACCACGCUUCCAUCUCCCAGCCCUCUACUCCUCCUCCUCCUCCUCCUCCUUUCCAUCCUCCCUCCGCUGCCCCUGGGGACCGCUCCUCGGGAUGCUUCUACCCUCUGCUUCCCUCUCCAGUCCACUCCGAACCGUCGAGGUUCCCCAUCCUGCGGGACAGCCCUCUGGGACCUCCUCCCCCACCUCCUCCUCCGCCUCUCCCAUCUUCCUUUACCCCCACCUGCCCAACCAACCUCCCUCCACCGCCGCCAAAGAUGGCCCCAGUGCCCUCCCCAGCCAUGCGCUCACUGCCGCCGUCAUACCCCUGCAACGCUCCCACCCGACGGCCACCUGCUGUGCCCAGAAGUGCAGGUGCGGGUCGGCUGGCUCCUCCUCCAGCUCCUCCGGCACGUUCCCCGAACACGGAGCUGUCCACCCGCAUUCCUCCCCCUCCGCCACCGCCUCUCCUGCCCCCAUCCAGUCUCAGGAACGGACUCCUGCACAGCCUGGCUCUGGCAGAGGAUUUUGAAUCCAAGUUCCACUUCCACCCGGUAGAAGAUUUACCUCCUCCAGACGAGUUCAGGCCCUUCCCUCGGAUCUACCCCAGCAAAGAGAACAGAGUGAACCCCAAACCACCAAUGAUUAGGACACACCUCAGAUGAGUUCAGGCCCGUUCUUCAUCCCCCACACAGCAAAAAAAUAAAGACUCUGUUCCUCCUCCUCAUGACAAUAACACAAUUGCCAUGGACUUGUCUGGAUGCGAGCCCUGUGUGUGUUUUGUUUGCGUUCAGUAUGUUAGCAUGUGUGGAUGUGGUGAGUGUCAAACAGGCUCCAUGCCUUAUACUGACUAUGCGACCUUUGACCUUUUCCAGUGUGGAAUGUUUUGAAUCCGUGUGAGGAGGAGGGCACUCCCUACUUAUAAACUACACACACACACACACUAUACUCCAAGGACAG